AUCCUUGAAAAUUAGGCUGUUUCGGAGCAACCAAAGUCAGGAAGAACUACUGCAAGCCAUUAAUCUUAUAAGAGGUGUUAUCUCUCUGUCUUCUUCAAAUAAUUACCAUCAUAAAGAUUGGAAUACACAAUCUUCUUUAUCGGGAAACAACGAUCUUUCUUUGAAGAGAAACUUGAAGAAAGGUAAAUAUCUGGGAUAAUAAAAUGCUCUAUCAAAAUUUGGUGGUAUGGAGAAACGGUGGUCGGAAUAUAUGGCAUACUUGACACCUGAAAGACAAAAAGAAAACUUUUUCUGUGAUUUUGCAUUUUGCUCUUGGGUGCCAACAACUUAAGUCAACUUUAGUCACAGCUCAAGAGUGUGACCUUAAUAAGGUAUCAUCAUGACUGGAAAUUACAUCUUUAUCAUAUUGAUGUUCGCAACGUUUUCUUACGUUGAGGGUCAGGACAUCUCCACAUCACGUUUCAACUUCUCGUACGGCUCAGAUGAAUUCCUGGCCAUUUAUCAAGAACAAAAGUUGCCUUUGACCAUCACCGUCACCGAUAUGGAUCCAGCCAUAACAACAGGGUUUCUGCAACUGCGAAGGGCAGAUCCUGAGAUAUUUGACGUCCAAGGGGUUACGAACGUCAGCAUCCCAUCUCUCGGAAAUGCACCAGUCAAUGUCUCGACAUCCAUCAAGGGAUUGUUCUUUGGGAUCAGUACGCUACAGAUAUACUACACAGGCGAUGCAGAAGAUGAAUUGGUAGGUUCUUAUGUCGUCAAGGUGUCAACGAUCCCGACCAUUCUGACACCCGUCUUCAGCUAUCUGACUCUCAUAUGGCUAAUCAUCUCCUACAUCAUGAUGGGCAGCAAGAUCAAGGUGGGUGACAUCUGGAGCAUUUUGAAGAAGCCUUGGGUUCUUCUCCUGGCUAUGGUAUGCCAGUUCUUUGUCAUGCCAGCCCUGGCUUUCGGGUUGUCCAAGGCUUUCAGUCUGGACAACACUGCAGCCUUGGGUUUGAUCAUGGUGGGAUCCUGUCCCGGUGGGUGGCUCAGUAACAUCUUCAGUCUUCUCCUCGACUGUGAUUUCAUCCUGAGUCUUAUCAUGACUCUCAGUUCCACCAUCGUAGCCAUGGGCAUGAUGCCUUUCAAUCUUUGGCUCUAUACUCGUACGUUCACUAUUGGAGAAGAGAACCUCGAGACACCGUACUUUGAUCUCUUCCUUCAAAUCCUGUACCUGGUCAUUCCCGUCGGUCUGAGCAUGAUCAUUGCUCGAUUCUCAUCCAAAUUCACGAAAUACUGUGAGAAGUGCCUCAAGCCAGUUGCAUCCAUGUGCAUCAUUGUUGCAAUCAGUGUCGGGACCCCCGCCCAGGUGCACCUCUACAAGAGUGCAAGCAUCGAGGAGUACGCCGUAUCGGCAUUGCUCCCUCUCUUCGGCUGCAUCGCCGGCUUGAUCAUAUCCAAAAUCCUCUGCAUCAAGCGGAAGCAGGCCGUAACGGUUUCCUUAGAAACUGGUUCUCAAAACAGCCUUCUGGCGUUCACCAUGCUGUCGCUUUUCUACCCAAGACCUGAAGCAGAUCUUAUAGGCAGAGUACCGUACAUCAUUGCUCUUCUUAGUCUCUGCGAGGGUAUCGUUGUCUUUAUCAUCUACGUCCUUGCCCGGUAUGUUUUCUGCAAAGAACGGUUCUCUAAAAAAGAUGAUGAAAGUGAAGAGAUGUCUUCAGUGGAAAAGAAAUCAUCCGAGCCGGGAAAGAACGGUAAAGACGUUCCAUUAGAGGCUAUUGAUCCUACUUCAAUUGUGGUUGGGUUGGAUACCAACACUGAAGAACAUGGCCACGUCAAUAAAGCUUUUAAUCAGUGAUUAAUUCGUUAAAUGUUAGUUGUUUGUGGAGGAAACAGUUCUUUUCAACAGCAGCCAUGACCAAGCCUACAAGCCAGUGGCAUAUCCAGGCUGGGCACAUCAAUUCCCCACCCCCUUAAGAACAAGACAAAUAAUUUAGAUAUUUUUAGUCUACAUAUGCCCACUUGGAAAUUCCUGGAUAUCCCCCACUACAACCACAUUCCUAUUUCUAUCCAGAAUUCAUUGUUUUGUCGUUGGUCACCCUAAUGCCAUCCUGGGGAGUGUUUCAUCAACAUUUUCAUCCGACAAGUUGUCAGAUCUGACAUAUUUCUCUGAUGUUGAUUGGCUGAGAAGUACUGUUACUAUGGUAACUGUCGGAUAAAAUGGGACUUGUCGGAUAAAACGUCCGACAAGUCCUUUCAUGAAACGCUCCCCUGACCAACUCAGUUUCAAACCCAAUAUACUUCAAAAUAGACAAAGUGGUCUCGAAAAGUUCAAACUGCUGCCAAUAAUUUUCCCUUAAAAAUGAUGCACGUGAAAACUGUAUCAAGCCAUAAUUAUUUAUAAAAUUUUAUUUUAAGGAAAAAGUACAAACACGAAUAAAUUUUAUGCUGAAUUAUCAACAUGAAGUUACCUACUACCGACCAAUUCCGAAAAAGGACAUUUCUGGGGGCAAUUAACCCCCCCCCCCUGACUAUUCUACCUAUUUGUAUAUACACUUUUUUAAUCACUUGUUUAUGUAAUCAACAGAUUGUGAAAUAAAACAAGAAGAGGACA